AUGCAAAGUCCAACAAGUCCAACUAAUAUGUUAUCACCUGUUUCCAACGGAGGAGCUGAAAACACGCACAAAACAGACAAGGGAGAACAGGAAACGAAAAAACAGGAAAAAUCAACGAACGAAGUUGAAAAAGAAGACUCACUAGCCCCAGAUAGAACUUUACUCACAUAUAAAGCAUUUUACUUCUUGUUUUUCGCUGGAUUCGGAUCAACGUUUCCUUAUUUGACAAUUUAUUUCAAACAAAUCGGAUUAACAGCUUCAUAUGUUGGUACUUUAUCAGGAAUACGGCCGCUAGUCCAGUUCGUUAGUGGCCCAUUCUGGGCUUAUCUGGCCGACAAAUAUCGCAGUAGGAAACUUGUACUAUGUAUGUCUGUCGUCGCUUGGCUUAUAUUCACUUUAGCUUUAGCGUUUCCACAACCGAAGAACACACAAUGCGAUACACUCAAUUCAACUAUUCAUGUUCAAAAACGAAACAUUCAUCGAGCAAUGUCGUAUUCUGGUCUUCCCUUAGCUCCCAUUCCCGCGGCUGUAUCUGAAGGUCUUUUAGCUAACAAGAAAUCUGCAAUAGGUUUUUCCGCCAAAGAUAAGAUAGAAACAACUAAAGUCAUUGUUCAUGAUAAAAAUGAACUCAGAAACUUAUUUUAUAUAUUCUUAAUCCUAAUAGUAGUUGGUGAGGUCUUUGAAGCGCCAUCAUUCAUCAUGAUUGACACCGCGUUAAUUCAAAAACUCGGAGACAAAUGUCAUGACUAUGGAAAAACGAGAUGCUUUGGCUCACUAGGGUAUGGCUUAGCUUCAUUUGGUGUUGGUGCAGUGUUAGACACAACAAGAUACAUUUAUUGUGGACGAGAAAUGAACAAUUACAUGGUUAUUUUCUACUUCUUUGUUGUAUUCAUGGUGAUAGGGUUGAUAUUUGUACUCGUGCUUUUUACCUUCAAGUAUAACGAAGAUUCUAGUAGCAACACUUCUAGCAUUUUUCAAGUUUAUAAACUAUGCUUUUCAGCAAAGUAUGCAACAUUUUUACUUACUGCUUGGUUCAUGGGCAUUGGUAAUGGAGGACAAGUGACAUUUAUAAACUGGUAUUUGGAGGAUCUAGGCGCUACUAAGUUUAUGAUGGGUUUAACUACAACCAUCAGAGCAACGGCUGUUAUUGUAGGCUUCUUCUGUUCUGGUGUGGUCAUCAACAAACUAGGAGAGUUACCAUCAGUAUUUUGGUCGUUGUUAGCAUUUGCUGUUAUAUUUUACGGUUACUCGUAUCUUGUUAACCCAUGGUUGGUUAUCCCGCUAGAGAUAUUACAGGGCUUCGUUUACGCAAUCUCUUGGUCAACCUGUAUCGUCUAUUUGUCAGCGGUAGCACCAGAUGAUGGUGCAGCCACGAUGCAAAGUAAGUUGUUUAUUGUGUUAAAAAUAAAGCCGGAAGUUUGCCUUACUGUAUAGGGAUGCGAUACCAACUUUUUAAUUCGAUACGAUACCAAGUACGAUACUUCAACUAAAACGUACAGCGAUCACGUCAUCAAGUUUAAUUAAUAAAAGUGAUCAAUUACAUGAACUAGUCAUAACUCAUGUCUUCUGCCGUUUACAAAUACAAUCACAAAGCCCAAUGUGAAAGUGUGAAUUCAUGUAGUUCUAUUAUUCUACAUUAUUUUGUGAAUAAUAUUGCAUACAAAAAACACCUAUAUUUUUGUGAUUUUUAUAAACACUGACCAAACAUAUCGCAGGUUCAAGUGAUAUCGAAAUUACCAAUACUUUUCGCAAAUAUAGUAUCAAUAUUUGCUAUUGGCCCAUCCAUACUAUACCUUACUGAAAUUACUUAAUUGAUAUGUCUAAAUAAUGAACCUAUCUGAUAUUUAAAAUGAAGUAUAUGGAGACAUUUUUAUGGGUCGACUACGGAAACCAGUUUAACAGAACUGGAAAAGGUUUUUUGUAAUCCGACGUAUAUAUAAAACAUAUUUUGAGAAUCCUUGCUUCUUUAGUCGGAUUCCUAUUGGAAAUGUACCAAACAAGGCAUUUUUAUCGUUAUACUUGUUGAUUUUGGGUAAGAUCUAGUGAACUCCGUGUCUUUUAUCGGAGAAGUAAAAUAAAUUGGGUUCACAGGGUAAGAAAAAGAAGUAAGAAAAGCCCGUGAUAUCAUGGUGACACUAUUAAUAACGGCAUGUUGUAAUUUUCCCUAGGUAUUCUCCAGGGUAUCUACUGGGGCCUUGGGACGGGCAUUGGUGCUAUUCUCGGUGGAAUAUUGAUCAACCAGUAUGGUAUAGUUUCAGCUUAUCGUAUAGGUGGAACAGCAACGAUAAUUGUGAUGAUGUAUUUUGUAAUAUCUCAGUGGCUACUCAGAAAGUACGAAGCUACAUCAAAUCCAUCUCAUAAAGAUGAAGUAAAACUAACAGACGAUUCUGAAAAUUCAGAAACUGAAAAUAUACCAAAAAAAGAUCCAUAG